CAGAACGACACCGAACGUUUUGAUGGCGGCGAAAGCAUGUGGUGUUGUAGUGCAUGGAUUUCCAAGUUAAAGAGUGCUAAUUUCCGAACUAAGCAACGUUUCCUAGGAUAAAAACUACGUUAGCUCAUUCCUCUAAAGCAACUGAUGGAAAAUUUUUGCGGACUUUGCAAGACUAAAGGCUUGAAAAAGCAGCUGAUUUUGUUCCAGUUGAAUUUAGAGGAAGCCAUCUUGCUUUGUGAAAACAAGGAGGUGAGCUCCUUUUCUGGUCAUCUCUUAUCUUUGCAACUCUCCUUACUUUACUUUAUUGCACUAAAUUAUUGGAGGAAUAUUCUUUCAGCUUAACUUUAGCUCGUGCUUUGCUUCUGUUUUGCAGUGUGUCUACCCCCUUGGUGUGUCAAGCAAUGCCACCUUAAUCGUAAAACGCCAAGCUUCUGAGGUUGUAAACUUUAAGCGAAAACGGAAAAAGAACUUCAAACAAGGAAAAAAUGAGGUAAGACAUGCAUUAUUGAUUUACGCUACUAUGCUUAUAGAGAAGAAAACCUACAAACUAAUUAACUUGGACGUAAAAAAUACAACUUACGAGCGCAAAGUUAUUGUCAUGGAGCAGCUGAAAACAGCUUUAAUUGAGAGUCAAACUUGUCAUUGAUGUGCUACUAUUCAAAAGACUCGGUUUUGUGAGUGUGUUCCUUUUCUCUACUUCUAGAGAAAGCCUCUUUCUCAUUGUCAAUAUAUAUGGAAUUUUAUUUUUUGCUUUAAUUCAUAAGAAGAACUUUUGUAAAAUAUGGACAUCUUGCAAUCAUGCAUGCUCUGUUUAAACUUCUUUCAGCUGUUCUGAAAAUUAUUAUCUGCCAAAACAAUUAAAACAAUUAUUGGAUGUGUCUUUUUUGAUAUCUGUAAUAAUCAAGCGACUUCCGCUGAUAACUCUUGCUUUGUCCUUGAUUAUUCUGGAUGUCCUAGAAAAAAAUGUUUGUUUUACUAUGCAUUAUUUAAAAAAAUAACAGGGGAAAUGCAACAGUGUAUAGAGAACAAUUUCACUUUUAUUUAAAGAGGUAUCAAAGUUAUAGGAAUUGUGGUUAGAUUUCUGUAUUUGUUAUGCAGACAUGUUUCAGUUCUAUUCAUAUUAUACUUUUUGUCGACCAUACAUCUAUUCAUAUUAUACUUUUUGUGGGAAAAAGUAUGAAAUUGUGGCAUGCAUAUUAAUGUGUGGGAUUAUACAAAAAUAUUACUGGAAAUGCCAUUGAUAAUCGUGUUGUGUGUACUGCAUGCUUCAGCUCUGAUACAAAAGGUUGGGAAAUAUUUUUUCUUUGUUAUUCACUAUCACAUAGUUUACUUUGCGUGAAUAUUGUUGAACAAAACAAAACAUUCAAGAGGUAUCAGCCUUGCAUGCUGCCAUAAUAAUGUUUAUUUAGAAUGAUGCUUGUAUGCCAUGAUGAAUGUAUGCUUGUAUGCCAUUAACUAGUAGAUGAAUAAUUAUUUGGAAACUCUGUGUAAAAAAAAGAGUCUUGCCAUCAUAAUAUAAGAAGAAUGAAGAAAGAAUGGCAAAAGAAUGCUCUUUUUUUACCUGUGCUCCGGUACGGGUACAUGUACAGGGAUGUCAUUAAAAUUUCAAGUUGCAGGGUAAAUACAACAAGUAUGCAGGGAAUCAAACAGCUGGGGAUUUCUUUUGGUUCUAUUUUUCUUCUGUUUACCUAUGAAAGCAGCCAGGAGCCACGUUCAUAGCAGCCAGCGGAAUCUCCGUCCGCGGCUCUUAAUGACAGUCCUGCACAUAUCUGAAAGCCUAAAACAGGCUAUCUCAAGAACAUUCUCAUCCCCAGAGCCUCCUGGGGGCCUGAGCACGAGAACCAGGAGGCUCUGGGGACACGGGAUUUGAAGUCCUAAAUUUUAGGACUUCCAGUCAUUUCUAAUUCAGAAGUAAUUGGAGGAUUCUCUUUUAAAAGCUUUGAAUCACCUAAAUUUACAGUCAUUGACACUUCUGCAAGAGCAAGUGAAUGCCUCCUGGUCCUCGUGCCUCAAGAACUACAAAGUUUGUGCUCAAUACAAAGUUUUAAUCUUUUAAUUCAUGGCAAAUGUGAACCUUGCACCAGUUCUAAAUUGCUUGUAAUUCCACAAAUGACCAGCCAGGCCGAAGUUUUUGGAAAACAACUCCACAGAAAACGUGACGCUUUUGUUCAUACUUCACUUUUUUUUAUUGAACAUUUAUUUCACUUACUUUUGUUUGUUUGUACCUCAAGAACUACCCACAGUUUGUGAAGUUUAAAAUUAAUUAUGAAGAUUAACACAAUGUUUAUUAUUAUUGUCUGGGUUUACUUCAGGAAACAGAAACUGCUGCUCUGAAAUUCAGAUGUCUGGACAGUUACCUUCACUGGAAAAACAUCAAUUCUCUUUGCUGGCUACACUCUCUUCUGUCUUUAAUUGUACACAAUGUUACACUGUCCACUCUCGCUCACAAUGUAGACUCAUUAUUAAGAACACUGACUGCCUCGUUCAACAAAGCACAGGAACUUUCUUCAGUUAACAGAGAGCAGGCAGAGAAAGGCUUGGAAGGUGCCAGGGAAAAAGUGUGGAAGUAUUUACAGCCCAAAAUGAAGUGUGAGCGUGGAGUGAAUGACAGUCCUGUUACCGCAUUGCCUCUUUUGUUGCGGGAAAAUUGUACAUUGUUGGAGAAAACUCUGCAGAAUUAUCAGUGGAAAUUUAGUUGCUGUGUCUGUGGUUAUCGUCAAGUUGACAAGUAAGGUUCAAGUGUUAUCAAUAGAUCAUUAAUAGUAUCCAGGUACACAGGGAUGUCGCUAGGAGCUGGCUGCUGGCUAAUUUCACUGGCUGAAAAAGAGCUUACCAGCGGUGUAAAUUGCCCUGGAAAAUAAGGACAUAGGGGUGGGUGGUGUAGAUGAGUAAGAAAGCCAGCUUGAUUAAUAAAACAGACCUUUUAAGCUUUUCCUUAGCUACAUCCCUACAGGAACAUAUUGUACUGUAAUUUUCAUUUAGAACUAGGGUGACAAACUGUCUGUUGCUCUAAGACCCAAUGUGCAGCUGUGUAUAGCUAAUUUUCUCCCGUUUAGACUACGACCAUACAGUGUAAUUAUUAUGUUUGUAGUCUGAACAAGUCAAUUUCAACAUUUAUUAAACUUGGUGUAAUGCUCUUAACUGAACCUUAGGGGUCAAGGUUUUGUUUUUCCCUCGAUCGUGUUGAAUUGAGCUGCAAGCAUUAGCGGGGAUUCUGUGACAGUGAAGUGCAACACACAAUUUGGCAAUGUUGAGUUGGGCUGCAAGGCUACAAAGUCAUGCGAAGGCCUCAUCUCCGCCACCACCUACAGCAUCAGAAACAGUGGAAAAGUCUAUUUGCUUUGUUCCUCUUUUGUCUUCUUGUGAAUGGGUUAUCUAAUAUCCCAUUAAUGGAAUUACUAGUUUAGGUAGUUAUGACUGUGAGCUGUAAUCUUUUCAUGUCUUCAAUACAAAGCCAACAACACUCCUUACUUCAUUUGAGGCUAUACCCUGGGCCCAUUUGUUCGAAGGCUGAUUAGCAUUAAACCAGGGUUAAAUUUUACCUGGUUUUCUCUCUCUUUUGUUUUAAGGCAUUUUCUGCUAUAAUUUUCUCUUUUCUUUUUAGAGCAUCCAAUUGUCAAAUUGUGGGCAGAAAGACUUAAACUGGAUUUGCUUAUUAAGCUUUCAUAUCUGAAUUCAAAUUUAGCCGUAACCCUGAGUUAUCUUAACCCUGCUAAUCACAUUGCAUGAAUGUUUGCUCUUACAGAAGGAGAAAACACUUGGUAACUUUCCCGAAUGUAGCAGAUGGCUUUGACCUUGAGGAUCCAACAUUUUUACGUCCUUGCUUCAAAUGUGGUGCCCCCAAGCAGAGAAGCAUGCUUGUGUAUGACAGGUAAGUGAAUUUUAAUGCAUGCAAUUGCACUAUGAUCUGUUUAUUUUACUGCGCUUUUCACAAACAUGCGAACUCUGAAGUUCAAAAGCUGCCUUCACAAUUGUGUUUUUCGCUGCCGUCAAUCAUAAUUACGAUCACAAGCGACGAACCUUGAAACACGGAAACACGCAGAACGGACCUUUUGAACGCGUUGAAGUAAAGUUUUGUUUCCUAAGAGGUCCGUUAAGAUUGAUGGCAGUGAAAAACGCAACCGUCAGUUGGCUUUUGAACUUCAGAAUUGGCAUGUUUGUGAAAAGCGCAGUAAGCCUCUCUUUCCUAAAAAUAAUUAUUUAAUAUUAUUUUUAGAGGUUACCAACAUGUAUGCGACCUUCAUAACAUCUGGGAUGUGCAAGGUAUAAUGCAUUAUUGACCCAGUGUGAGGUCAAGAUUGGCCAAGUUCUUUUUUGCAUUUUUAUUAUAUGGGAAAAAAGAAAACUUUUUCUUGUGGGAUCAGUUUGGGAAAUCUCAGGCGGGCAAGAUGGGUAGCCAAUCAGAAUGCAGGAUUCUCUUCAUCUUGCCCGCUCACGGAUUCAUCCAUAUUUGAGCCAUGGAGACUUGACUGGAGUUUAUUUCAGAUUCUGAUGAUGAUGAUGAUAAAAUAUGUGGGGUAUUUCUGCUUUCCCCAGAUACCCUGAGGGACGACCAUUUAUUGGAGCUCAUUAAAUGGUAUUGUUUAUAUGUAGGAUUAGGUUUUCUGACAUCAUGUUUUGUCAAUCUAAUAGUUUUGUUUAUUUCAAAUGUAUCUUUUUUAGUUUGAUCUGGGUUUGUGCUGGUCUUUAAAUGGCAUUGUUUUCUGUAAGACAAAGGAACUGUAAGAUUUCAUUGUCACUUAGUUAAAUGCAGUAGUUAAACAUGUCGAAUAAAUUGCAAACUACUGUAAGACCACAACAAAGUAUAAAAUAAUGCCAGUUUAUUUUCACUCUGAUGUACUAGUCAUAAGUUAAAAAAGGAUGCUGGACAUACAAUGUAGAAGUGAUGCCAUGAUGCAAAUGGCCUGUUUAAAAAAAAAAGAGGUGAAGAAAAUUAGUACAGUAGAACCUCGAUAUAACAAACCCCUAUUAUGAUGAAGUCCUCAGUAUAACAAACAAUAUUCUCUUUACCCAAGUGAUAGUAAAAUAGCACAAUUAUGAAAGAGAACCUCAAUACAAUGAAACCUUGUUAUAGCAAACAAAUUUUUCCUUUCCCUUGGCCCUUCGUUAUAAUUUAUCGAGGUUCCACUGUAAAUGAAAUUCUGAUCAGUAAAAUCUUUAGCAAAGGUUGUAUCUUGAAAGGAAUGUUGAUCAUGGAUUUACGUUUCCUUGGCAGGAUGCCCGAUUGUAUUUUCUUACAUUUCGAACAAGGAUUGCAACAUCCAGGAUUUGAGGACCUGGAAUUGAAUGCAGAAGAUGGUCACUAUGUGAUGACACAGUUUAUUCAGUACAAGAAGAAUCCUGAUCACUUUGUUUGCUGGACAAAAGAACCUCAAGGUAUUACUGUAAUUAGCACGGGCUAAGAAUAAUUAUUGGCAGUCUGAAGGUUGCUAAUGUAAUUAAGUGGGCUAUGGAAUUGGGAAGACUUUGGACACUAAAGGCCAGUGCCUGGUUGCAUAAAACACCGUAACAACUUCAACAACUUCGGGUAUACGUACGUGCACUCGUAACUUAAGUUGCAUUAAAUAACUUAAGUGGUCCAGUAAGGGAAUUUACUUAAGUGGCUGCAUUUACGAUUUUUGCAUAAAACUUUUUUUUGCAGGAAAAAUAGCACAUAAAUUUACAGGACCUAUGUACACGUAGGUCCUGUAUCCUUACUGUUUUUACUGAAAGGUUAACGAGAUCUAUUCUCCAGAAGCGAAAAAAGUUUAUUCUUUACAAAAUUUGUUCUAAUGCGCUUUGUUAACCUCUGAGGUACACUUUAAUGCCGCAGUUGAGAAAAAAGAACAACAAUAAUUUUCAGUAGACAUCGAAGUGAAAAUAAUAUCGAUUGCUUGCUAAUUUUAUUUCAAUGAGAGGCUUAAAAGUGUUCUAGACUACUAGACACUUUGUUUACACUCACCGAUGGUUAGCUUAGAAAAGUAGAGUGAGUCAUUAAUAAAGUACCAUAACAAAGUUACGUGUGCCCUUAAGUGAACCCAUAAAUUACCACGUAAAACAGAAACUUGUGAGAUUGCUAAGUGUAUUCCAUGCAACACCUUUAAGUGUACCCUUAACGGAUUCGUAAGUGACCUACUUAAGGUGAUGUUACUCAAGACGAUUCGCAAUGAUGAUUUUUAGUGCAACACAGUGUUUCAACAUUGUUUCGAAUAGUUCCAACAUUGUUCCAACAUUGAAAUGCUGACAGUGUUGCGCUAAAAAUCGUUGUGAAUUGUCCCGUGUAACAUCACCCUUAAGUGAGCACUUAAGUGCAGAUUUUAUGCAGCCAGGCAGAGGUUAUUUUUGCAUGGGCCACUUAGAAUUGAGGGAAUAAAUUAUGCCUGAACUGUCCUCAAAGCAGUGGAGUCAAUUUUUAGCCCUGUUAGGAAAUCUGCAGUUCUUUAUUGUUGAUCCAAUAGUCAUCAGCUGAAAACCAAAAACAGGAAAAAACUUGACAGAGUUUUCUGGAGAGAUGGAUGAUUUAUACCACUGAAAUACUGGAACAUAAUAAUGACUUGUGUACCAAUGAACCAAUUAAUUAUUUCAUUGGGGUUUUGUAGAUUUUGCAAAAAUCAAUUUUAAGGGCAUUUAGUUCUUUUUUGUAGCUGAACUUAAUACAGUGCAUGCAAGCAUGUUUAAACAUGUUUGUUCGAUUUUUAAUGAGUCAGUACUUUCUUUAGCAUCCUUGAAGAGGUUCAUGGUUGGGGAGCAAGGGAUGGUGCAGUGGUGAGAGCGCUCGCCUUCUACCAAUGUGGCCCGGGUUCAAAUCCCCGCGUCGACACCAUACGUGGGUUGAGGUUGUUGUUGGUUCCGAGAGGUUUUUUUCCUGGUACUCCGGUUUUCCCCUCUCCUCAAAAACCAAUACUUCCAAAUUCCAAUUCGACCAGGAAUCAGGUAGACGAAGAACCACUUUGUGGAUGUUCUACCUCUAAAUCAUUGUUUAUUUAUUUAUUCAUAAUUGUGGCAAAAAAAGACAAGCAAGUAAAUAAUGUACAUUGUAUAUCUCACUGGAUAGUAAAACUUGACAACUUUACUUCAUUUUCUCUUGUCAGGAAAAAGAUGGAUGGAAGUGGACGACUUGAAGUCACCAGUCUGUAGAUGGAGUUCUGCACUUCCUGUUAUCUCUCCAUCUGAAGUACACAUUGCAGUAUGGGAGAGGCAAAAUGCAUUUGUUCAAUCCCCUCAGUAUUCUGCAACCAGGACAAUAAUGACAAAAAACAUUCCAAAUGAGCCUGCUAAUGAGGCAAAACAAACUUUUCCGGCAUCAAGGACUGUAUUAAUGCCCUCAUUAAGAACUGACAGUAACAUGAACGUAAUGUCUCACGGCAAUGAUGAGCGAGGACUUUUUUCACUGUCUCACCGGAGUGCACUGUCACGACUGCCUCCAGUAUUGUUAAGAAGUCGACCGCUGUUCCAUGAGUCAACCCACAAACUGGCCGUCGGGAAGUUUGAACCUUACAUUCCAAGGAAGAAGAGAAUAGCCAGCUAUAGUUGUCCAAAUUCUCCUCUUUGUGCAAAGUCAGAUGCGGAAACCGGUGCAACAGCUCUUUCUAGUCCAGUGUUACCAGCACCCUUCUUAACAUGGCAGGACAUUAAAGAACAAAAUAAGAAAUUAAAAAGUGAUGAUUUGCAAAGUGACAGUGGUUAUUCGAGUCCAGCGUCCGUUAGCUCAUGCAGUAGUCUUCCUUCUUGCUCAUCCAGCAAUGGUGAUGCGGUUGUGGAUUGUUCAGAAGUUCUUAAUGUGCAUUCUGAUGAAAAGCAAGGCUUUGGACAUUGUGUUGAUGCAAGAUCGUCCGCAAAGGAUACUUUGUCUAAUUGUCAUUCAAACACAGACUUGUUACAGGGAGUUUCAGAUUGCAGCAUCAGUGAUUCAGACUCUUGCCGUUCUGCUGAUUUGGCAAACAAACUUGAGGAGUUGUUACCUGACUGCCUACUUGAGAAUCCAGAAAGUUCUCUACAAAGCAGAGCAAUAAAGGAUGAUCAGAAAUUAAAACUUGCAGACUUUGAGAAAUUGUCUGAGGAGCAGGAUAAAUUUAUUCGUGAUUUAUUGGCAGCUUGA